UAAGAGAGAGAUUGAACUAACUCUCUCUCUCUCUCUCUCUCGAUUCACCCACAUGUUAUAGUUCGACAAAUAUUUUCUCCUCUCUUCUUAGUUCUUACAAUUUACAAACACUACCCCAUGACCAAGACCAUCACUGAUUCUCUAUCUUCAACCCAAAAAUCCUAACUUUUCAAUUUAAUCUUCUGACCCAAUAACAACAAUCAACUUUCUCCCAUGGCUGCAGCUGCGUUUCGAUCCAAGCAUAACAGUUACAAAGAAACGGCGACCCUCGCACUUUCCCACUUCAGGUACAUGGUUUUCAACCACUUGCACGCGGGUGGCACGUUCACUCCACGGACCAAGUUCAUCAACACCCUCUACCACUUCACCUCCUUCAAACCCCUCUCUCUCCGCGGCGAUUUCGCUCCAAAGGGUACCCAUUUCGCUGAUAAUAGCAGGAGGUACAACGUUGUUGGCUCCGUCGGGGACCCGCCAGAAGUGUGGUCUGGCGGCGGGAUUGUUGUUCGGUCGGGGAAUUCCAAUUUGGAUUCCACCGGUGGUGGCGGCGGCGGAGGUGCCGCGAAUUCCGGUGAUUCGGGGUCGUCGAAUUCGAAGGAUGGGUGCUGGGGUGGGUCCAAUUUGGGGAGUAAUUUCCCAACUCCGAAGGAAAUUUGCAAGGGGCUUGACAAAUUCGUAAUUGGACAAGAGAGGGCCAAGAAGGUGCUUUCUGUGGCAGUUUAUAAUCACUAUAAGAGAAUAUUUCAUGAAUCUUCAUCCAAGUGGCCCGCAGGAGAUUCAAGUAAUAAUGGUAAAGCUGAUGCUGUUGAUGAUGAUAGAGUUGAACUUGAGAAAAGCAAUAUCCUUCUAAUGGGACCAACAGGAUCAGGGAAGACAUUACUUGCCAAAACCUUGGCUCGGUUUGUAAAUGUUCCCUUUGUUAUUGCAGAUGCAACUACACUCACUCAGGCGGGUUAUGUUGGAGAAGACGUGGAGUCCAUAUUAUACAAGCUCCUUGUGGUUGCAGAUUAUAAUGUAGCAGCUGCCCAGCAAGGCAUUGUUUACAUUGAUGAAGUUGACAAGAUUACCAAAAAGGCUGAGAGCCUUAAUAUCAGUAGGGAUGUCUCUGGUGAAGGUGUUCAGCAGGCAUUACUGAAGAUGCUCGAGGGAACGGUUGUCAAUGUUCCUGAGAAGGGAGCCCGAAAGCAUCCCAGAGGUGACAAUAUUCAGAUUGACACAAAAAAUAUACUUUUCAUUUGUGGAGGAGCCUUUGUUGACUUAGAGAAAACAAUCUCAGAAAGGCGUCAAGAUUCUUCUAUUGGAUUUGGGGCACCUGUACGUGCAAGCAUGAGGACUGGCAGUGUCACGGAUGCUGCUGUUGCAUCAUCAUUAUUAGGAACUGUUGAAAGUAGUGAUCUUAUUGCAUAUGGUUUAAUACCUGAAUUUGUUGGGCGAUUUCCUAUCCUUGUCAGUUUGUCAGCUUUAACUGAAAAUCAACUCAUUCAGGUCCUCAGAGAACCAAAGAAUGCCCUUGGGAAGCAAUACAAGAAAAUGUUCCAAAUGAAUGGAGUAAAGCUACAUUUUAAAGAAAAUGCUCUAAGAUCAAUUGCCAGAAAAGCAAUAUCUAAAAAUACCGGUGCUCGGGGCUUACGGUCAAUAUUAGAAAGUGUAUUGGUAGAUGCCAUGUAUGAGAUUCCUGACAUCAGAACAGGCGAAGAUAUUAUAGAUGCUGUUGUUGUUGAUGAAGAGGCUGUUGGAAGUGAAGGAAGGGGGCAAGGGGCCAAAAUCUUUUAUGGUAAAGGUGCAUUGGAUCGCUAUCUUUCUAAGCAAAAAACUGAUUCAGAGACCAUGAAUGCAUCAAGCAGAGACAAUGAAGCAGAGACAGAACUUGCAUCCAUCGUUGCCAGCAUGUAAAGCUGAUAUUUAUUGUAGUUAUCUAUGUACAUAACUAGUUGAUACUUUUGUUGAGUAAUAUAAAGGGUUAGAUUCAGAUUGCCCCAUGUGGUUUGGAUCGAAGCCAGUGUACUAUUUCGAUGGUCACCUCCCAUGGUUAGUUUCGUUAGCACAAAUCAUAGUGAGGUAAACCAAAUGUCCCUUACCUCUUUUUUAAGUGUGCAAUACCUGAUUCAUUUGUGUAAGUUUUGGAUAGCAUUGAUGGAAUAAAAAAAAAAUGUAUAUCACUAGAUGAUUCAGGUCCAUUCCUGGUUUUUGUUCUACAUUUUGCCCAUGCAACAUAACCUAUUGA